GGGUUUUAAUAUGUGUCGUAGUAUCGGAAAUUAUGGUUCAUUACAUGGAUAUCUAUAUGAAACUGACUGCCACUAUUUUGUUUCUUAGUCACAGUAAUAUUUCAUCCCGUCGAUACUUGAUACAAUAUGAAUAAUGCUACUGUUUUGAAAAAGGAAUGCCGUUAAACCGGAAGUGACCCCACAUCCGGUCCCUGUGUCAUGGCAUUGUUUGAAUACUGUUUUACUGGAGGAAAUAUACUACUUCAAAAUAGGAAAAAACACUUACAAACUAUGUGAAGUACAUUCACCUUAUAUUUAAACGUUACUAAAAUAUAUGUGCGCGUGACAUGCCAUACGCGUGACUUGCAUCACAUGGGUUGAUCAAGGAUGCACGUAGACUGCUUCAGACCAGUGAUCAAGAUUUUCAGUAUCGAAAGCAUAAACACGGUGAUGUUGAUAAGGAUCUGUCUAUGAUAUGGACGUAGUCCGUUGUGAUGUGUGUUCCAACCAGGCAGAUCUCUACUGUCGAAGCUGUGACGUCAAAUUCUGUGGAGAAUGCGCGGGGAAACACCUUAAAGAUCAAAUCACCAAAGUCCACGGUAUUGUUCCAUACUCAGACCGGUAUUCCAAACCCCGCGUCUCGCAAUGCUGCUGUCAAGAACAGGCGGAGUGCGUUCUGUUCUGCCAGAAGUGCAAGAUCGCCAUUUGCGGGAAAUGUCUUUUGGGGGCGCACAAGGACCAUGCUGUGUCCGACCUGUCCGAAGUAUGCCAAUUUCGACGUCAGGUCAUCCAAAAAGACACGGGUUUUAUCGAGAGCGUCCUCGUUAAAAGGGUUAGGAAAUUCAUCCACGAAUUACAGAAAAAGAAAAAUUGUCUCCAAAAAGAUUAUGAACCGUUGCUAAAUAAGAUACACAUGCACGGCAAGAAAUGGCAUGAUGUUGUUGAUUAUGUUGUCAGUCGCCAUAUUGAUGUCGUCAAUGGCAUCAUGCAACGUCACUUGUCGUCCAUUAACAACAACAUCGCGAUGGCUCAGGAGUUUUUAGAAAGAGCAGAGAAUAUUGCAGUUGAUAAUUUUAGAAUUUUGAAGACUAACAAAGCAGAACAAAUUCUAAAAUAUGAAACAAGACUUGAUGAAUUCCAAACGGAUCCUGAUUACGAAGUAUGCGAAAUCCCAAAUUUUAUACCAAAUCAACUUCACAAUGAAGAUGUGUUUAUAAAAUUUGGAGUCCUUGCAACAGGUUCUCAGAAGAAAUAUCAAAUUGUAUCCCGAGUUCAGGACAGAAUGGCUCCACUCACUAUAGGCAAGCACCCGUCAUAUGAAGUAAUAAGAAGCGACUUUCGGUGCGACAAUUUGGUGGCAUGUGUCUCUAAGGAUGACGUAUGGGUCACGGGAAAAGACAAAACGAUGAAGCAUUUCAACAGCCAUGGUGUUCUUUUAGAGAAAGUUGAUACGCUGACGGGGAACUGGCCCAGCGAUGUGUGCGUGACAGAGCAAGGGAAUUUAUUAUAUAGUGACUGGAACGAUAAUAGCGUGAAUCUAGUAAAUGGCGGGAAGGUGAAGAAACUGCUCACAUUGGAGCGAUGGAAGCCGUCAGGAAUAUGUGUUUCAUCUAAUGGCGAACUUCUGGUAUGCAUGCAGAGUCUUGAUGAGUACGAGAGCAAGGUCGUUCGUGUUUCGAAGUCCACUGUAGUUCAGGAAAUACAAUACGAUAACAAUGAUGAACUUUACAGUGGUGGGGGCUGUACGAUGUUCAUAGCCGAAAACAAGAACUUUGAUAUUUGUGUGUCUGAUUUCAAAGCACGUCACGUGGUAGUCGUGAACCAACGGGGCAAGCUUCGGUUCAAGUACAACGGGAGAAUGUAUACGGAUGGCGGCAAAUUCUCGCCUUAUGCCAUCGACACAGAUGAAAUGGCCAGAAUUUUUGUCGUAGAUAGCGGAAAUCGUUCUAUUCACGUCACUGACGUGGACGGUCACUUUCUGUCUUACAUCACCGAAUGCGGAAGUAGUGAACCUAUGGGACUGAGCAUUAAAGAUGGCGCCGUUUUCGUUGGAAGUGGCAAUAGUGACACUGUUUCCUGUUUUAGGUACAGCUCUUAAGCAGAGAUAUCAUAGUGUGUCUUUUUUUUGGUGAAAAUGCAUACGUGAACAAAAAUGGUUUUUAAUUCGGACAAGUUUUUCACUGUCUGUUAAUAAUGUAAGCCUCGUGGUUUAUGGCGUAAGCUAUCAUCGAGAAAUAUUUAACCGGUUGUCAUCGAAAAGAACAACUCUCUCAUCCGACAUGAAUUACUGCAUUUUAUUGAUCUCUACAAAGCUGGACCCAACCAGUCAUAUGUUACAUCUGUUGACGAAGUUAAUGUCUAAUCAAUAAAUAUAUAUUUUGCCUGUUAAACAAAACAACCAAUGUGAUCUUUAA